AUGGAAGAAACAUGUGAAAAAUUAUCUAGCAAUGUGCUGACAGCAGAAGAACUGCUACGCAGCAAAGGUUUUAGGAGUUGCGUACUAGAAGGUUGGGAAAGAUCUCAGAAAAUUUUACCCACAAAUGGAAAGAAGCAUUUUGAACCUAAUAACACUUGGCUCCAAAAUGUUCAGAUUGAAAAGGGACUUAAACAUCAUAAAGAUUUAUUAAAUAUUGAAAGAGUUGAACGUAUCUCAGAAUUAGCUAGUGCUGAGUGGAUACCAGAUCAAAAAAAGGCUCUUGUUGUCAAAAGAUCUGGUCAGGAUUGGAAUAAUUUUGGCCUAGAAAAGAAUGGUUCCUUAUACUUGUUACCAGAGGAGGCACUAUUUCUUAUGGAAAAGAAUUGUCUUGAACUUAUUUGGAAUGGAGUACCAUGCUCAAUUCAACAGGCAUAUGAAAUAUUAAUUGAUGAUUCAGUAUGUACUUUUGAAGAAUAUAGGGUUUAUAGUCAAUUAACACGCUAUGGUUACCAUAUACAGCGUUAUUUUUCUGAGGAAUCUAAGAAGUGCACUAGAUCAGAUGAGUCUACUACCAUUAAACGGAAAAUUAUUGUUGAUCCAAACAAUGGAUUAAGAAUGUGCGAUAGUCAAUUACAAAAUCCAACCAACAAAAAAUUAAAAGAAACUUUGUCGGAAGAUAUGUCGCAGAUAUCAAAUACAUCUUUUGAUAAUUUUAAUACAAAAAAUGACAAAACAGAAGGAGAGUCUGUAGAACAAGUAGUGCAUGAUGUAGUAGAUAAACUUUUAUGCACUAUUGAAGACGAUGUAGAAUUAAAUAAUCCAGUUACUUCUGUCGUAAUGCAAAACAAUGCAAUACAAAGCAAUAUGAAUGAAGAAAAAAAUCGAAAUUCUAAACCUGAAAUAAUUUCCGAUGAGACUUUGCUAGAUAAUAUUAAAAUUUAUAAAGACUCAUGUAAUUCUAAGAAAGAACCUUGUAAAGUAUCCAAAUGGCCAGGUGCUCGCAUACAACGUAAUGUUAAGCAAUUACCUAAAAGGACAGAUAAAAUAUCACCUGAAAUUUCUAUAAUUGAUUCUGGUAUCGCAAAUGAAAGUUCCAGAAGUCCAGAGAAAAGGAAGCAAGUUAGCGAAUUGUCACCUGUGAAAAAACAUGAGGUAAUCGAGCUGUCUGAUGAUGAGAUUCAGGAAUUACCGCAUUGCAUGACAAGAAAAGAAAUAUUGAAUAUGCUACCGAAUAUCGCCUUUCAAAAUCGUACUGUUGAAAAUAUUUCCAGGCGAUACAUACCACACACUAUAAAACCUCAGAAAAGUACUUAUUUCUAUAAUCGGAUGCAGAUAUUACGCAUGCAAGAGGAUGACAAAAGGACACGACAGAAUUGCAAAAAUAUAAGAACCAAUACGAGACAAAAUACAUCUCAGUUUAGAAAUUCUGCUGUUGUGCAUAACAGAAGUAUUGCUUUUCAGAAUCAACAUUCGCGUCCGUUAUUGUGUAGUCCGUCACGGCCGUUUUAUCCUGCACAAGAUGAAAUGCGUAGUGUGAACAUCGGCAUGCCUUACAGAUUUCCCUUCAAUUACAGUCCAAACGUUUAUAUGCAGAGUAGGAUCAUGCAAGAUGCGUUUCACAAUUUAUCCAUUGUCCUUGGGAAUCUCAGGAAUACCCUUCAGCAAAGUAGAAAUUUCACUAUAAUGAUGAACAAUUUUUCAAUACCGGUCAUGGAUGGGUAUCGAAUGAGACAUAUUUCUGUGGAUAAUCAAUUUCGGCACAGUUUUCAUCAGAAUUUUUCAUGGCAACAGAGAUUCUAUGAAACGCGAAGAACGAUGGUGGAGAAUACGUCGAUGCAAGGCAGUGCGCAUCCCAACUAUCCAAGACAACGACAGAAUUACGCUAAUAGGAAAGACCAGGUCAGUCGCGAAGUCAUUAAUCGGUGCUCCUUUACGACUUAUCCAGGAGCUAGUUCGUGGACGGAACUGAAAAGGAGAUGGUCGGAAGAGAAAACUAUUAUAAUUGACGAUGAAGAUAAUAAAAAUAAGAAUGAAAGUGAGGAAGAAUGCAAUGAAGUGCAAGUUGUGAAGCUUAUCAAUCCAUUAGUCGGUCCGAGAAAUGCAUCUUCGUUGGCGGAGAUCUUUAAUAAGCUCGCUAUAAUAAAACCAGCGCCGGAAAGGACAGUUAGGAGAAAGAGGUGCAGGUAUAAGAUAUCGUACAAUGUGUACUCCUGUACUCAUCACUAUAGAAAAGCGAAUCCUGGUCAACCAUUGUAUAGUCUGGUGGUGAUAAGGAAAGAAAACUCGUUUCUCCAACCAGUUGAGCUGAAUCGCUUGCAGCAGGAUGCAAAAGGUUCUCAAAUAGUAUUAGCUUAUGUGUCAAUGUCUAUACGGUAUAUUCAACCAGGUAUUGUAACAAUACCAAACAUGACUGUACGUGAUAGUCGUAUCUGUGAAUUACUUCCCAAAAAUUGUGAGGCCAUAAUGCUAUUUACACAUAGUAUUAUUCUGAAUAAUAAUGAGAUGGAACAUCCAUAUCCAAAUAUGGUGUGUGCACUUUUACCACAAAUCCCGAACGUCAAGAUAAGUGUGGUUAAAGUAACAGACAGAGCAUUGGGAGGAGAUAAAUAUACAGAAUAUAUGCAGAUGAUUGAAGAAGCAUCCAGACAAGAUGAUGAGUCUACGUGUUUAAUGUUAUUUUGCAAUCGUUAUGGUCAUAGUAUGGGAUCGUAUAUGGCUUCACUUGCACGACUAAGUAAUGAUGAAAGAAUAAUUUCUUUGUGGGGUGGUGUGGUAGAGGAAAUGCAAUAUGUACACAUUAAUAAUGAAAGAUUCAUCGAAGAAGAAAGUAAUGUUGCUAAACCAUAUUGUGUUGCUCUUUUGCUUACUGGUUCUAUACAGACGUGGUCUAUAGUUGUGAACAGGAAAUGCAAAACAAAGGAGCAAGUCGAAGAAAAGUUAAAAUUAUUCAAGCAGCAAGUAAAAUUACAGAAACAUUCUGUGGGCUUUAUGUUUGCUUGUGUAGCACGCGGAAAAUAUAUGUAUCACGAGGAAAAUGUGGAGUCAACAAUAUUCAAAAGAUUAUUUCCCGAAGUACCUCUAGUAGGCUGCUUCGGCAAUGGCGAGUUUGGAAAAGAUUCUACCGUUUACAAUCCAGAACUUUUUAUUUACCACAACCGUCAUCGGUUGCAAUUUCAACGUAAGGCUCCACAAUUUCGUUUGUUCGAUUCCAGCGAAAUGUUACAGAGUCCACUGUCGAAACAAAUGAUCGUUUUCAUUAUACUGUGGUAUUCCGCGCAUUCGAAACGAUGGGAAAGCGGUUUGCGCCAAAAAUAUGACGGCUACGGAGAAGAUUGGAUGUUCAUCCCUGACGGUAACGGGCAGCCUCAAGUAGCGGUAUUAAGGAUCAAAGAUAGCGAAACGAGAAAUGUGCUGGAUGACUCGCAAAUAACUUACAUAAUUUAUACUCGAUCUGGUCCAGCAGAAGGCACGCGGGUGACUUUGAACGAUACUACGAAUCUCGCCAACUCCGACUUCGAGCCCUCGCGAAAAACGAAAUUUAUAACGCAUGGAUGGAAGUCGAGCGCUUUGAGCAGCAGCCUUUUAGAUAUGAAAAACGCUUUUCUUACUCACGGCGAUUACAACGUUGUCCUCGUGGAUUGGGAACCCUUGGCCGCCAGCACAUUUUACUUGGGACCGAUGCAGAACACCGCGAGGGUCGGAAAUGACGCCGCCAACUUUAUAGACUUUUUAGUGAAAGAGACUGGAUUGAAGACGCAAAACGUUCAUUUCAUCGGCCAUUCCCUCGGAGCACAUGUGGCUGGAAACGCCGGCAGUGCGACAACUUCCGGGAAAUUAAGCAGAGUAACGGGCUUGGAUCCAGCGCUGCCGGGAUUCCAUGUGCUCGCCUCCGAGAAAACUCGAUUAGAUCCCACCGAUGCGGAAUUCGUGGACGUCAUACACUCCUGCGGAGGUGUUUUAGGCUUUCUGCAACCUUUGGGGAAAGCAGAUUUCUAUCCGAACGCCGGUACGGCAGUUCAGCCCGGAUGCUGCUGCGUUGCCGAAAUAAUGGAGGCUUGCAGUCAUGGACGGUCUAACGUGUACUUUACGGAAAGCAUCAAUUCGAAAACAGGAUUUUCGGCUACAAAGUGCGACAGCUGGGAUUCAUACAUGACCGGCAAAUGCGCCAAUUCGCAAGUGGUACUCAUGGGAGAGCACGUUGAUCAAACUGCCAAGGGUCUGUUCUUCCUCAGAACGAGAUCGGAUCCACCUUAUGCGUAUACAUCGGAAGUGAUCAAUAACACAAUCUAAAUAAAAAUGAUGCACACAAGCAAUCUCCUCAAGGCAAAUCCUAAUAAUUUAUCUUUAUCUUUACCGAUUACUCAUAUGGUAGAAAGAACCGCAAAUAUAAAAUAUUUGGCUUUAAUAAAUAGUAAUUACAUUAUUUUACACGCGACUGAGGUAUAAUAAACAACGAUAAACGUACAUUCCUGAAUAUUAUAAUCUUCUACCCUGCCAUGUAAAAGCCUCGUAAAGCUUUCGUCAAUGUCGCGUCACUCGGGCAUCUGUUAUUUCGCGAUAG